CAGACCCUCCGGAGUCUCUGCAGUCAGUGUGUGUAUCCCUGCGGGCUCCAGCCUCCCCUCCGCCGGCUUUACCCUGCACGAACUGAACCCUGAGGACUCUCCGGACCUGGUCGUUGGAGUUUUUGUGCUGCAGGACUCUCACAGGCUCUGGGUUUUCCUGGUGAUGACCUCACUGCUGUUCCCUGGCAACGCCCACGCUGCGAUGAAGGACCUCUCCUCCUCCUCCUCUCCUCUCAGCUCCCUGCUCCACUACCCGUCGUCCAAAACCUCCGCCACGCCGUUCUCCCCGUCCGCCGGCGCCGCCUCCUCGCCCGGGUCAUCGCUGUCGUCGGCCCCGCUCUCCAAACCUCAGCCCUUCUGCCUCCAGACGGGGCCGCACCUCAUCGCCAGCAUGCAGCUGCAGAAGCUCAACUCGCACUACCAGAACCUUGCCGGCGCCUCUGCCGGACACCAGGCGCCCAGCGGCGCGCAAAGGGGCUUCGGUGCCUCGCCUCUGGGCACCGGAAACCAACUUCUUGGGCCUUCUGGAGGCCUCGGAGGAGGUGGUAUGAGCGUUGGCAUCAGCAUGGGGAACCAAAGCUCCAGUGCAGGUGGAAUUAUCGACUUUGACCCCGUGGACGAGGAGGUUCUCAUGUCGCUGGUGGUGGAGCUCGGUUUGGACCGAGCCAACGAGCUGCCCGAGCUCUGGUUGGGUCAGAACGAGUUCGACUUCAUGUCAGACGUACCGGCCGGAUGCUGACCUUCAAAAUAAAAACAGAAAAUAUUAUCGAACUGCAGCAGAAUUGAUUGACAAAGAGAGAUUUUCUGUUUCCUCCGUUUCUUGGUUGAUAAAAUGAGGAAACAGAAGAGACACUGAUGAAGAGAAAGACAUGUUUUCAGACACUUUAAGGCCACAAACAGAUGGAUAAAAGGACAAAGACAGCUUGCUUUUGAUUGUUUUUUCCCCUCUUUGUUUUAAUGGAGUUGUGUUUUUGCAGAAGAGACAAACUGGUUCUAAUCGGUUGAAAACCAACCUGAUUUUUAUUCAUUCUAAGCGAAGCAGUGAACAGAAACAAGGAGUUUCUAUCGCGCUUCGCUUUAAUGAAAACAAGGUGAUUGUGGUGACAGGUUGGAGGACGAUUCUGGCCUAAACCAAACCUUAAAGACGACACACCUGUUGGACUUUUCCUUCUCUCUCUCUCUCUCUCUCUCUCUCUCUCUCUCCAUCGAAGGAAAAUGAAUAAAUGGGAAACUUUAUGGGAGAUUAUGUAAAGGACGACAAACACUAUGUUUCCUGUUUCCUUAAAGGACAAUAUUAGACUCUGGUCUCACGGGAACAAGACUCCUGUCUCUCGGCUUCACAAAGCAACCGACUGUCUGAGAACUGGUUAUCUCAAUGUACUUCUUUUUCCUUCUUUUCUUUCUUUUUUGGUUUGAAUUAAGUUCAACCAGUCGUAUUCGUAGAACAUGUUAUUUAAGACAGUGGCUGAUAUCCAUCAGGACUUCUGGACAAGGAGCGCUUCUGUAGCGCAUCUAUAAUCAGUUCUACUUUUCUGAACAUAAUGAAUUAGAUCAAGGGAUGAGGAAUCUUUCGGAGCAUGGGACCUGAAUGGAGUAAAUUGUUUCUUGCUCUGGAGCACAGCCUCAUUAUAAAGAACGAGGCCUUGUUGGUCAUGUGAGUCGCCGCUACAUGUAGGUGUUUUGUUUUUUUCGGCCUUUACAGUGUAAGAAACGCUGACCCCCCCCCUAGGUGGUCCAACUGGUGUCAAUGAUCCUUGAUGAUAGCACUUCCUCCUACAUUGAGGAUUACAAGGUCUUGUCAACAUUGUGUGGACUCAAAUUCACACGUGACCCGCCCUCUCUCUCCGCUUUUUGUUUUUCCUGCUUCACCACUUUGAUGUUUAUGUCCAAACAGCAGACCGUAUUAUCGCCGCACAUUUCCGCGGCCUUGAUAAGAAACCAUUGUCUGUUUUUUUGUGUGUUUGAGGCUACUGUUUGAACACCUUGCAGAAGGAGCUGCCUUUGAGCUAAACACACACUGUGGUUUGGUUUCAGCGUGUCCAGAUGAUGGUCCACACCGGUGCAGGCUUUAGGAUGAUUGGAAUCAGACCAAAGUGAACUAAAGCCUUUCAGUUGACAUCUAUUCAUAGCAGCUUCUGCUUGCGACUAACAUGUUAGUGUUAACUACCAGCUUCUGUUUGUUCUUGCUGCUUCAGUGAAGGCCGAGACAACAUGGCUCUUGAGCUUCAGUUAUUUGUUAAACAGCAGAAUCAGAAAUAUUAUUGUUGUUUUAGUUUGUCCACAUCCCAAGUGAAAAUUUAUUUGAAUUCAUCAAUUUGAAAUGAUUUGACAAAAACUAUAUCCACUCAAGCUCAACUUUAUCUUUGUUUUCCGGAGCUCUCGGCUGUAUCAUACCCCUGAACUUUUAUGCUAACACGGAUGAGAAGUCCUACAGGUGUUGGAUUAUGUCAUAACAGCCGCUAAGCCUCGCGUAUCAAAUCCAUCUACUGCUGGACCAUGUGAUACGUUUGAAGGCUCUGGAAAACGCUAAAUGGAAGUGGACCUUGAGAUGGGAUUGUGAAACUGAAGAAGGGUUUCAGUAUAUAGAAGUUGCGUGAAACAAUGAUAUCAGAUGAUGUGAUAAAUUCACAUUUUAAUGAGGGAACAGAUAAUGAACAAUCCCAAAAACAUAGAAAAACAAUGAAGCUCAAUCUUUUUAGGCUAAAUAUGUUUAAAAGUUUAAUUAUUGACCUUGAAAAUAGCAGUUUAAACUCCAUACUAAGGUUUUUUCUCUGAGCAACUGAGCAAACUCUAAAGCAACAGCGACAUUAACUAACAAUCUUUUUAUUGCCUUGCUGUUGCAACCCAGUUUUAUAUCCCCCUUUAUUUGCAUAUCCUCUAUUGGGACCACCACGAUGCUGCCAGACGCUGUUACCGUGGAGGUAUUGACUCGUGGUUUAAUUCACAAAAUUCUCACUAUCUCUGUGACUGUGAAUGGAAUAUUAUUAAUAUUAUUGACCAGGUGUUUUUGACCUGAUAUCUGUUGUGGUAAGAAGAGACGGGAAGGGAGUCUUGAACUGUGCGGCAGGAACAAAGGCCUUUCGCCUCAGCCUGGUGUAUCUGUCAUCUGGGCAUUGUGGACCACACACACUAGAAAUAACACACCUGUACGUGCAUAUAUAUAUAUAUACUUAUAUAUAUAUAUGCACACAAAGACUUAACAACUCACCUGUAUGUGCUUUCACGUCCAAACAAACACACUGAAACCAACCUGUGCAGGCGUACAAAGGAAACCGAAAUAAACCCACACACACAGGGGCAUCGGGAUGGUAUUACAGCUGGGAAAUGGGAGCCAUGAAACGGGCACUUGUUCAGUUACACACACACAUACAGACUUCACAGGGUAUUUGGGUUGUUAAUGUGUGUGUGUGUGUGUGUGUGUGUGUGUGUGUGUGAAAGAAAGAAUAUGUCUGAAAAACGUAAAAUGUGUUGAGGGGUCAAGCAGGUAAUCCGUCCACAUGAGGAGCACUGGUGGCGGAGGAGGAUGAGGAACACAGCCGGGCCCUCGUUAAUUAAUUUAGAUAUAGACAGGUCAGCUUACACAGACACAACAGUUCAGUCCCGCAACAGCGCACACACACACACACACACACACACACACACACACACCUAAACUCGCCUUAUUUUCCUACACACACUCCAGCUAAUACCAGUUGUUUUUGUUCAUUUAGGGUCUCGGUUACAGCACCAAUUUUCCUCUCCUUUCUUUAAUGAAAUGCGAGAAGCUAAAUGAAAACCCGAUGAAGGAGUAAUUUGACAUAAAAAAGGGGGGGGAUUUGCCGGGGAAUAUUUCCACCUCCCUCCCUCCCUCCCUUCGUAACACAACCACUUUAUUGACGUUAGCGUGGAGCGAGAGAAAUAAAGAUGCUUCUCAUCGCUUCCAAAAUCCAACAGACAACAGACGAGUUGAUUCUUCCUCCGUCUAUGUGGGUCAAAAUAACAUUCCUCAGAUCGAAGACAGCCUCAUGUUUGUUUCCAUCUGCUCGACAUUGUUUUUAAAGUCCUUUUGUGUAUGUGUGUGUGUGUGUGUUGUGUUUUUGUGGUCCAGGCCUUAAUCCCAGCUCAUGUUAUUUUAUGGUGUGUAGAGCCCCCCCCCAUCCCCAGAGAAGUUUCCUGGUUGAGAUGUUUGAACCGUCUGAGGGGCUUUCAUUUCCUCUUCUCCUUGACGCCCCGAUAUUGCAGAUUAACCCCAGCGGAGACCUUUUGAACCAAAAUAUACCCCCACAGCUAUUUGGUUUCUAAUGACAAAAACUUACAUUCAUGCAAAGUAUUCUUUAGUGUAUUUUAAUCACUGCCAAAAAAGUUCAGAUUAUCAUAAAAUUGGGCAUUUCUCUGUUUAUUUUUACAUGUUUUAGCUCAAACUGCGAAUCCCCUGAACUUUAAUACAGACAUUUUUAGAAAGUGUACCAUAAGUUUAUAGACUGGUUUGUUCCAGUGCUCCAUUAAACUCAUAUUUUUUAUCAGGUACAAAUGAAGUUGCGAACUUGGAUUCAUCAGCAACAAGUCUGAAAGUAGAUUUUCAACAGAAAAAAAGCCAAAAUUAGCGUGUUUCAGCCUGUAAAAUAUGAGGAAUCUGCUUUAAUUUGUCUAAUAUGAUAGUAAAUUGAAUAUCUUUGGGGGUUUUUUUUAACCCUCACUGAUGUAAACGGGGUCAAUUUAACCACCAUCACCUCUUUAAACGCCAAAAACAGAAAAUCUUAACCUUCAUGAAGGUUUAAUUUAUAGCUUGGUUAGCUUAGCUUAGCACAAAGACUGAAAACGGGUGGAAACAGCUAGCCAGGCUUUAUUUAAAUGCAACAAAAUCCGUCUAGCAACACUUCUAAAACUCAUAAAUGAACUUAUCACAUCUCGUUUGUUUAAUCUGCACAAAAAAAAUGAGUUUUUUUUUUGCUCCCUGUUUUUUUUCACCAGUUACAUGAAUUUAAAAAAAAACAAACAACCCUUCUUCAUGUAAACAGACACGUGUGUGCUUUUGGAUGCUGAGAUGGGUUUUCUUUUUCUCCUACCACUAAUGAAGUGGAUUUACAGUUUCCAGGUGACAGCGGUGAUUUGUUGCACACUCGGCUUUGUUGCCUCCGGGCGCUGCGGGGUCGUGAAAAAUGUUCCAACACAUCAAGGCCCGUGAAAAAACCCUCCGACACGAGUGGUGAUAUAUCUGUUAAAAGGUCGCCGUUACAAGGUUUUCCUCUCCACAGUAAUGAAAAUGUUCAGCCCACUGCUCUGCUGCCAGGUCUGCUUGUGAAACUGAAGCAGACUCUGCACUGAUUUAUUCUCUUUCUCUCCAUUUACUUUUUUAAAAAAAACCCUGUAGAUUAAAGUUUUAUUUUGUUGUUGUUGUUUUUUUUUUAAUGAUGAAAAUGAAUAUUAUUCAAAGAUGAUUUUUUUUAAAGCACUUUUUUUUUGGCUCACCGGCUCUCACUUGUACAUCUAUAUGAAUAUGUAAAUGACUGAAAAUCAUAUUGGAAAAAAAAUGCUUGUAUUUUUGUUACGGCUCUGAGUUUUUGGGGGGGUAAAUAAAGAAAGCGAAAGCUGA